UUAGCUUCCCCUUUCCACCCUUCCACUUGAGAAUUGCCUAGUCUUGUCCGUCUCUCUCUCUCUCUCUCUCUCUCUCUCUCUCUCUCUCUCUCUCUACUUACUGCUACUUACCUCCCAAGACUGAAAAAGACUCGGACUGAGAUCAAAGUGUCAUACAGCUCCAGCUCUUGGUGUUCUGGGUGGGGAAAAUGAAUCAAGAGAUGAAUGGGGUUGGAACUGAGAGUUACCAAUGGAAUGCGUAUGAAAAAAUUGAUUAUGUAUUCAAGGUGGUGGUGAUUGGAGACUCGGCUGUGGGUAAGAGUCAGCUACUUUCCAGGUUUACUAAGAACGAGUUCUGCUUUGACUCCAAAUCCACCAUUGGGGUUGAGUUCCAGACCAGGACUGUCACCAUUAAGGGCAAAGUUAUCAAGGCCCAGAUCUGGGAUACUGCUGGUCAAGAAAGGUACAGAGCCGUGACAAGUGCAUACUACAGGGGAGCACUAGGGGCAAUGCUGGUAUACGACAUAACAAAGAGACCUAGCUUUGAUCACGUUGCGAGGUGGGUGGAGGAACUCAGGGCCCAUGCAGACAACUCCAUCGUCAUCACUCUCAUUGGCAACAAAGCCGAUCUCGUGGACCUGAGGGCUGUGCCCACUGAAGAUGCUAUUGAAUUUGCAGAAAACCAAGGCCUCUUUUUCUCUGAGACGUCAGCCCUAAGUGGUGACAACGUGGACACUGCAUUUUUUAGACUGCUAGAAGAAAUCUAUGGUGUGGUUUCUAAAAAGACUUUGGAAAGUGGCAAUGGAAGAUCCAACGGUGGUGGUGGUGAUGCCAUUGGGCUUAAAGGAUCCAAGAUUGAUGUCAUUUCGGGUUCUGAAUUAGAAAUUAGUGAGAUGAAGAAAUUAUCUGCAUGCUCUUGUUAGGUGUUCAUAUAAUAAGAAGAAAAUUAAGGCAUCAUUGGGUUUGAUCAUGAUGUCUUUUGUGGGUA